AUGUCACCUGAAAAUUAUAGUCAUGAACUGCCAGAAAGAGACACCCACAUCCAGCAAACAAAUCUUCCAGGGCGCCAAGAAGUCUGGCGUCUCUCGCCGUCGAUAAACCCUCUCAGUUUGGCCGUCACCCAUGUUUCAACACCACCUAACGCACCCGAACUUCGAAAAAUGACGCGACACUUCUGCCUGUGUUUAAGUUUGAAGACCGGUGCCAUCAUCAUGUCCUUCCUCAACCUACUCGAAGGCAGCGUGGAAAUCGUGGUUUCGCUGAUCGAGUUAUCCUCCGACAUGGAAAGCAAGGAGGCACUGCACCGACUAGGGGAGCACGCUGACGCCUUGGACGCCGUCUGCAACGUCACCCAUUUCUGCAACGGGACCGCGAUCCGAAACACCGGGCAGAGCAGGCACUUGGGAAUGGAAGGGACCAUCACGAUGUUCAGCGUGUGUCUAAUCGUGGGGUUGUUGUCGCUGUUUAACGGGGUGUUGCUGCUGAUUGGGUUGAUGCAAGCGAAAGAGAAAUACGUCCUGUGGUAUGUGCUACUGGGGUCUGUUGUGGUUUUGAUCGUGACGAUUUUCUCCGGGAUUUACAUGUUCGAGCACGGGGCCAUAUUGCUGCUCUUCGUGCUGUCACUGUUCAUGUGCUACGGGCAGCUAGCUAUGUACCAUUUUUACGAAGAAUUGGCUGAGUACAACACCGUCAAAUCAGGGGUGAUUGAGAUUUCGUACAACGGAGAUGCCAGAAGCUAUGCUAAUUCGGUGGUGCCUACGGACGACAAAGUCGACAGUACUGCUCUUUAAACUUGAAAAUUUUACCGUUCCGUGACAAUAAAAGCAUACAAAGUCAUUCAAUCCUUGAGUAAUUGUAUUAUUUCAACAAACAAUGGUGCUUCAUCGAUUCACUGUAUUGUAGUCUUCGCCAUGUUUA